AUGGACGGAUUGUGGGGGUCAGGGGGCACGUGUCUUUUCUCUAAUAAAGUCUUUCCUGGCACCCACACUCCCCCACCCCCAGACCUGAGUAAAUCCAUGUCAGGGCGGCAGAAGCUUGAAGCACAACUAACAGAAAAUAAUAUCGUGAAGGAGGAACUGGCCUUGCUGGAUGCGUCCAACGUGGUCUUUAAACUUCUGGGUCCCAUGCUGGUCAAACAGGAGCUGGGGGAGGCUCGGGCCACAGUAGGCAAGAGACUGGACUAUAUCACAGCUGAAAUCAAGCGAUAUGAAUCCCAGCUCCGGGACCUGGAGCAGCAGUCAGAGCAACAGAGGGAGACCCUUGUGCAGCUGCAGCAGGAGUUCCAGCGGGCGCAGGCGGCCAAGGCAGGGGCUCCUGGCAAGGCCUGACCCUAUGGUCCGGGGGCAGGGGGAACCCAGGCAGCUCUAGGGUCUACACUGUAGCUAAUAAAAUGUGAAGUCACCUGGC